GAUCCACCUGCCUCUGCCUCCCGGGUGCGCCACCACCGCCCGGCUCUGACCUGCACUUUUAAUGCUGACAGAUCCACCCCUCAGCUGUAGCAGAGCCAGAGGAAGAGCUGGAAGGGUUGAGAACUAAAGGCUCUGGACUAAAUCGCGCUGUAAUGCUGUGCGUGUGAGACUGUGGGGAAGAAGUCCCAAUACCCACGGAAAGACUCCCUUCUAGAGCUCCAGUCUGCGAGGCAGGAGCGCUGCAAUACCCUCCGGACUGACCGCUUCCGAUUCUGUCCAGGCGGCGGAGCCGAAUGGGUAACGAGCAGCCCCUCCCGUGGCCACUUCCGGCGUCAGAGCCUGACGCGAAACAGAAGAACAGGUCGUACGGCCAACGGGGUCGAGGCGGCGGUGACGUGCAGCCAAUGGGCGGAGGCGGGGCGGGGCGGCUGCGAUCGUCGCGAGGAGCCGCCCUCCGGGAAGGGCCCGAAAAAGAAUCGGCGGCACAAAAUGGCGGCGUCGGCGGCCGGGGCUUCGGUGUUGGCGGCUCCUGCGUUGGCGGCCGGCUCUUCCGGCUCGGGGGGAGCCGCCCCAGGGUCUCAGGGGGUACUGAUCGGUGACAGGCUAUACUCGGGCGUGCUCAUCACUUUGGAGAACUGCUUGCUGCCCGACGACAAGCUUCGCUUCACGCCAUCCAUGUCGAGCGGUCUCGAUAUCGACACAGAGACCGGCCUCCGCGUGGUGGGCUGCGAGCUCAUCCAGGCAGCCGGCAUCCUGCUUCGCCUGCCGCAGGUGGCCAUGGCUACAGGGCAGGUGUUGUUCCAGCGAUUCUUUUACACUAAGUCCUUCGUGAAACAUUCCAUGGAGCAUGUGUCCAUGGCUUGUGUUCACCUGGCUUCCAAAAUAGAAGAGGCUCCAAGACGAAUCAGGGAUGUCAUCAAUGUAUUCCAUCGCCUUCGGCAUCUAAGAGAGAAAAAGAAACCUGUGCCUCUAGUGCUGGAUCAAGAGUAUGUUAAUUUAAAGAACCAGAUUAUAAAGGCAGAAAGACGUGUUCUUAAGGAGCUGGGCUUUUGUGUCCAUGUGAAGCACCCUCAUAAGAUAAUCGUUAUGUACCUUCAGGUGUUAGAGUGUGAGCGUAAUCAACACCUGGUCCAGACUGCAUGGAACUACAUGAAUGACAGCCUUCGCACAGAUGUCUUUGUGCGGUUCCAACCUGAGAGCAUUGCUUGUGCCUGUAUCUACCUCGCUGCCCGGACACUGGAGAUCCCUUUACCCAAUCGUCCACAUUGGUUUCUUUUGUUUGGAGCAACUGAAGAAGAAAUUCAAGAAAUUUGCUUUAAGAUCCUUCAGCUUUAUACACGGAAAAAGGUUGAUUUGACACACCUAGAAAGUGAGGUGGAAAAGAGAAAGCAUGCCAUUGAAGAGGCCAAGGCACGAGCUAGGGGGCUGCUACCAGGGAGUGCUCCAGUUCUGGACAGUGCUGCGGGGUUCUCACCUGCUCCCAAGCUGGUAGAAUCUCCCAAAGAAGGUAAAGGAAACAAGUCUUCCCCACUCUCUGUGAAGAAUGCCAAACGGAAAGUGGAGGGCCCAAAGAAAGCCAAGGCAGACAGCCCCGUGAAUGGCUUGCCAAAAGGGCACGAGAGUCGAAGUCAGAGCAGGAGCCGUGAACAGAGCUACUCAAGAUCCCCGUCACGGUCUGCUUCUCCAAAGAGAAGGAAAAGUGAUAGUGCCUCUACCUCAGGUGGGUCCAAGUCACAGAGUCGUUCUCGGAGCCGCAGUGACUCUCCUCCAAGGCAAGUACACCGUGGUGCUCCCUACAAAGGCUCAGAAGUGAGGACCUCCCGGAAGUCAAAGGACUGCAAGUACCUCACCCAGAAGCCACACAAGUCUCGUAGCCGGAGCUCCUCUCGUUCUCGAAGCCGGUCACGAGAGCGGACAGACAAUUCUGGAAAAUACAAGAAGAAAAGUCAUUACUAUAGAGAUCAAAGACGAGAGCGUUCAAGGUCAUAUGAGCGCACAGGCCAUCGCUAUGAGCGGGACCACCCGGCACACAGCAGACAUCGGAGGUGAGAUGGAUUCCCUGGUGGCUGCCCUUGGUCCCUCCCUGUUGGGCACACCUUGGCUUCAGUGGCCUUGUAGCAUGAUAUUUUUUGGAAGUGUUUUCAAUUGGACCUUGAGGUGAAUUUAACUGAUGGGACAGUGAGCAAGGUACCCUUCAGGCUGGCCUGAGGAGUGCUGCACAUCUGUCCUAGUUGAAGGUCCACCUCAACUGCUGACCUUCAGGUAGCUGGAUGGAACAGCAAAGGCACUCGUCCCCAUUGGUGUGGCUUGGUGCUAUUGAUAAGCUGUCUCUUCACUCCUAAACUGAUACUCAAUUACGUUAAGCCAAGAAAGAUGAUUUUUCAAAUGUCCGCCUAUAUUAGGUUAUACUUGUGUACAUAUUUUCCAGUGUUUCACAAUGAGAAAAUGGCCUUAAAAGCCCCGCCCCUGUUCUCUAUUCACGUUGUAAAUAAACAUGUGUUUAAUACAAGUGACAGCUAUAUAUAAAAACUCAGAAUUUGAAUUCUGUUAGCUUAACACUUGUAUAGAGAAUUCUGAUUUUUAAAUUGUGAAGGUAUUUAGGUCUGUGUUGAAAGUCAUAUAUUUUUAUCUGUGCAAUGCUGAGUGCAGGCCACCAGCUCUAGAGAAAUUUUACGAGGUUGAAUAAACAAAAAUUCUCAGGACACUUGGGAUGUAAGACUUUGUGGGCUGUCAUUCUGCUUGUUUUCUUAUGUGCAUGCCUGGGACUUGGCUGUGGGACUCAGGCAUAGUGGGAGUGUUUGUGUGCAACUGUGCACUGCCAGUUUAGCUAUUCUAGGGGAAAUAUGAGCUGUAUAUCCCCUGAUCUUUGCUCCCAGUUCUCAUUAAAGUGUUGAUUUUUGUAUUAA